CCCGGAGCGGCUCUGGAGGUGGAGUGGCCGAAGCGGGGCGGGGCGGGGCGAGGCAAGUUUGCGCCCGGAGUUCGGAGCCCAGGAGCCCCCGCGGCCGCGGCGCAGGUGCCCUCCGCCUAGCUCGGGAUGGAGCUGCCUACCGUGAACUUGAAGACGAUCCUCCUGGUUCACUGGCUGCUGACGACCUGGGGCUGCAUAGCGUUCGAGGGCCCCUAUCCCUGGGCAAACUUCACCAUCCUGGCCUUGGGCGUGUGGGCCGUUGCUCAGAGGGACUCCAUCGACGCCAUAAGCCUGUUUCUGGGUGGCUUGGCGGCCACCAUCUUCCUGGACAUCGUCCACAUCAGCAUCUUCUACCAGCGGACCGGCUUCUCGGACACGGAGCGCUUUGGUGCCGGCAUGGCCAUCCUCAGCCUGCUCCUCAAGCCCUUGUCCUGCUGCUUCGUCUACCACAUGUACCGGGAGCGCGGGGGUGAGCUCCUGCUCCAUAUCGGUUUCCUCGGACCGUCACAGGAGCGCAGCGACUACCAGACGAUUGACUCACCAGAGGCUCCCACAGACCCUUUCGGAGGCUCGGAGAGCAGGGGUCACGCCCCGCAAGGGUACUGAAGCCAGGCUGCUUUGCCGGGCCCCAGCCUGGGGCCAGUAUGACAGACCGUGGAGGCGGCUCAGGCUGCACCACCUUCCUUGCGCCUCGGAUGGUGUUCUAGAUGCCCCCCCGCCCCGCCCACCUUGGACUGUGUUCUCCUGUUCAUCUCAGGGGUUGCCUGAAUCAGGUGCCCUGAGUGGCCAGGAGCCCCAUGCAUACCUGUCCCAGACUCCCUGAGACCUCCUCUCCCUUCAGGGUAGCUCACUGGCCCGUGCCAGUAAAGCUGGGAACCUGGUCUCUCCUCACCUGCCCGUGCAGCCCCAGGCCGAGCUCCACCUGGGCCAGGCCUUACCCACAGUUUGUUGACCCCACCCGCAGAAGCUCUGAGAGCUUUAGGUGGUGCUCAGCCCUCAGUCCCAGGAGCAGUGCGGUGUGGCAGUGAGGUCCCUGGGCUUCUCACUGCCUGGUCACUCGGUGCUUGGGGACCUUGGGGCCGGAGACCGUCUGCAGCCUCCAGCUGCCCUUCCCAGAGCCACGGCAUUAAAAGUUUGGGGAAUCUGUAGCUGGGUGUGUUUUGAGCCACGUUUAAUCUCCCAGCCAGGCUGGGUCCGGGACCUGUCAUUCCUGAGAAGAUUUCUCCUUUGAAUCCCCAGGGAAACUGGGCUUAGUUGCCAGUUCUGUCGUGGCGGGAGGAAGCCUGGGUUCACGACCAGCUGGGCCUGCCGUGCACCCAGCUUUGGCCUCGCCGGGGCCUGGGCAGAGGAGGGCCCUCUUUGGUGUGGCAGACGGGUAUGUGUCUCUGAAUCAGAUGACUUGGGUAUUGCUUUGAAUCCCUCUCUGCCACUUCCUGGCUAUGUGCCUUUGAGCAACUUAACAUCUCUGACCUCAGUGUCUUCUGGAAAAGGGCUAAUGCCCGCCCGGAGGGUGAUGCCACACACAAAGAGUGCAGUGCCUGGCCCUUGGAAAGUUCCCGAAGUAACAGCGUUGGUGGGUUGCUCCUUGAGCCUGUGAUGAUGUGGGGUCAGUAGGCAAAGGGUGACAUCUCCCUGGCAGACCCUGUGUCUUGGUGUGAGGGCGGAGCAGGACCAACACCUGGUCAGAAGCCCCAAGCGUCCCGUGGCCAGGGUCCCGCUCCACUCCGACUGGACUGAGUGUUGAUCUCCGGGCCUCAUGUGCCUGGACUUCCCCAGGCCGUCCUGGAUUGUCCCCGGCACAAAGAGAUCAAAGCCUAGUGCACAACCCCCCCAUCCUCCUGUGUCCGUCUGUCCUAAGGGGCUUAGUGCCUGCUGCUGCAAGUGCCUGGGGCUGCAGGGCUGAACUCUGGUGCCUGCUCUCAGGGAAUAGACAUUAGGAGUCCGCUGUCAGGAGGCAGGAGCUCCGAAAGGAACCUCUGGGACCGAACCUGUGCUCUGGACCAAGGGUUGGUGAGUGGCUGCAGCUGUAAGAAACCUGGAAUUAGCUUCACCAUCAGAAGGGGACGGAUAGAUGAUCCGUGCUGUAUUCAUCCUGUGGCUAUGGUUCAGCAGUUCAAAUGAAUAAACCAGACCAAUUUCUUUU